AUGGGACUCGCCAAAUCCAAAGACAUUUCUCAGGGAAAUGGCGCCAUUUUCCCCAGAUCAAGGACAGCAGUCUGUUUCUAUCUGUCCAACUAUACUUAUCUCUCUCUCUCUCAUUCUAUAACUAAUCCUCAACUCUCUCUCUCUCUCUCUCUCUCUCUCUCUCUCUCUCUCUCUCUGUUAUGUAGUGGUUUCACAGAGGAGCUUCAUUCUGUCAGUUUAUUUUUGUAUCUCUUUUUAUCUCACUCUCUCUCUCUCUCAGUUUCUUUAUUUGUCAUUUUCUCUCUCUCUCUCUCUCUCUCUCACUCUCUCUCUCUCUCUCUCUCUCUCUCUCUCUCUCUCUCUCUCACUGUGCACCUCCUAUCUCCUUGUUUAUUUCACCGAAUCUCUCUUUCUUUCGCACUCAGUUCUCUCUCUCUCUCUCUCUCUCUUUCUACGAUCUUUCUCUCUCUCAGUCACUUCUUCCUCUCCUCUUUCUUUCACAUUAUUAUUUUCUCUUUCUCUCUCUCUCUCUCUCUCUCUCUCUCUCUCUUUCUUCUAUCCUUCUUUCUCUCUCUAUUUGUUUCUCUUUGCUUUUCCUCCCAGCCUGUCUCUUUCUUUAUUGCACGUCUUCUCUCUUUCAGUCUAUCUAAUCUUUCUCACUGUUUCUAUCUCAGACUCUUCAGCCUCUCUCUCUCAGACUCUUCAGCCUCUCUCUUAAUCCCUCUCCCCUCCACACUCUCGUUAGAUUCUUUCUUUCUCUCAGUCACUUCUAAUUAUCUUUCUUUCUAUGUCUCUCUCUACCAGUAUCUCUCUUUCAAACUCUCUCUUUUAAUUUCUCAGUCUCACUUUCUCCCAUAUUCUCUUCUUCUUGUCACUCAUUGUAUCUCUAUCUCUCAUUCUCUCUCUCUCUCUCUCUCUCUCAGUAUUUAUAUUUCUUUCUCUUAUACUCUCUCCAUAAUUUGUCUCUCUCCUUCUCUUUCAUUCAUUUCUUUCUUCCUUUCUCUCUCACAAACUCUCUUUUACUCUCUAAAUCUUUUCGUCGCUCUCUCUCUUUCCAGUUCUCUUUCUGUCUUUCUCUCUCUCUCUCUCGUUCUCUUUCUUCUCUUUUCUCUCUCUCUCAUUCUCUCUUUCUCUUUCAAUCUCUCUCUUUCCUCUCUCUAUCCGUGCUUCUCUCUUUCAGUUCUUCUCUCACUUGCACUCUCUUUCUUUCUCUUUCUCUCUCUCUCUCUCUCUCUCUCCGUGCCUCUCUCUUUCACUCCCUUUCACUUUCUCUAUCUCCCCCUCUUUCUCUCUCUCUCUCUCUCUCUCUCUCUCUCUCUCUCUCUCUCCUCAUUUUCUCUUACUCCUUUCCUUAGUUUCUUCCUCUCCGUCGAAAUGUCUCUACCGCUAACAAUAACAACAGCAACAACCCCCGACCCCCGCCCGCCGGCCUCAGAAAGAGGAGAAAAAGGCGAUGAUGUUAUCCACUGUUCAUUUAUCUAUCUAUCUAUCUAUCUAUCUAUCUAUCUAUCUAUCUAUCUAUCUAUCUAUCUCAGACUGUUCAUUUAUCUAUCUAUCUAUCUAUCUAUCUAUCUAUCUAUCUAUCUAUCUAUCUAUCUAUCUCAGACUGUUCAUUUAUCUAUCUAUCUAUCUAUCUAUCUAUCUAUCUAUCUAUCUAAGCCUAUUAAUGUCUAUCUAUCUAUGAGACGGUUCGUAUCCAUCCAUCUAUCUAUCUAUCUAUCUAUCUAUCUAUCUAUCUAUCUACCUAUCUAUCUAUCUAUCUAUUCUCACGCUCUCUCUCUCUCUCUCUCUCUCUUCGCACUGUUUCUACUUCUCUCCCUUUCUUUCCCCUCUCCUUCUCGCUCUGUUUCUUCUUCUCUCUCUUUCUUUCUCGUUCUGCUUCUGCUUCUCUUUCUCGCUCUGUUUCUGUUUUCUCUCUCUCUCUUUCUCACUCUCAUUCUCUCUCUCUCUCUCUCUCUCUUUAUUUCUCCCUCUCUCUCUUUGAUUUUUCUCUCUUUAUUUCUCCCACUCUCUCGGACUGGUUCUGCUUUUCUCUCUCUCUCUUUAUUUCUCCCACUCUCUCGCACUGGUUCUGCUUUUCUCUCUCUCUCUCUCUCUCUCUCUCUCUCUCUCUCUCUCUCUCUCUCUCUUUCUCACUCUCAUUCUCUUUUUCUCUCUCUCUCUUUAUUUCUCCCACUCUCUCGUACUGGUUCUGCUUUUCUUUCUCUCUCUCUCUCUUUCUCACUCUCAUUCUCUUUCUCUCGCUCUGUUUCUACUCUCUCUCUCUCUCUCUCUCUCUCUCUCAGUAGUGUUUCUGCUUCUCUUUUUUAUUUCUCGCUUUGUUUUCGAUUUUCUUUCUCUUUUCACUCCCUCCUCUCUCUCUCUCUCUCUCUCUCUCUCUCUCUCUCUCUCUCUCUCUCUCUCUCUCUCUACGUUUCUGCUUUUCUCCCCCGUCCCUUCACUCUCUCUUUUUUGAAGAUGCCGUUGCAGACACGAUCAAUGCCGGUUUUGUUCAAUUUGAAAUACCUUUCAGCGUGGCUCAAAAUCUAA